ACCGUCAAUUUCCAAUUCCAUCCACGCUUAUCUUCGUCAACAGCGUAAUUGAACUCAGUCCACCACUCCCACACUCCGCCGUUGCCUUCCCUAGAGAACUUCACCAUGGCGGACCACCAGCACACCGCCGCCGGUCGUCCGAUCAAAAUCAUCGCCGGAGCCGACGCGUUCGGCUGCACGCUCAAGGACGCGCUCGUUACCCACCUCCGCUCCCUCAACAUCGAAGUCGAUGACAUAGGAACUUCCAAAUACUACUCCGUCGGCGAGGAAAUCGGCCGCCGCGUCAGCCAGGCGGCGGCCAACGCCAACGCCAACGCCAACGCCAAAUCCUCCGCCGUCGAAGUCCGCGGCCUCGUCGCCUGCGGAACCGGCGUCGGCGUCUGCAUCUUCGCCAACAAAUUCCCCGGCGUCUACGCCGCCACGUGUCUCACCCCCAACGAAGCCCUAAACGCCAGAUCCAUCAACAAUUGCAACGUCCUCGGCGUCUCCGGCAUGUCUACUCCGCCGGAACUCGCUACCGAGAUCCUAACCGCCUUCCUCAACACGCCUUUCAAAUCUCCCUGCCCUGCCUCAGAAUCGAAGCCCUGGCCAGACGAAAUCGAGUCGUUCCUCGACGGAUCCGUCGCCGAAAUGUCUCAAAUCGGAGCCUCCACCACCACCGCUGCGGAAUCGGAACCGCCGUGCUUUAUAUGCUCCUUAGCGAAAUCGCGGCCGGAAAGCGAGUUCACUCCGGUGGAAAUCAUGCCUGGCGGAUCGAUGAAGAUUCUGAGGCAGACGCCGACCUCUGCCAUCGUUAGAUUCAAGCGCGGCAGCGUUGAGCCGGCGCACCACCACACGUUCGGGCACGAUCUGGUGGUGAUUCAGGGGAGCAAGUGCGUGUGGAAUUUGACGAAGAAGGAGAGGUAUCGAUUGGAAAUUGGGGAUUAUUUGUUCACUCCGGCAGGGGAUGUUCAUAGAGUGAAGUAUUAUGAGGAUACCGAGUUCUUCAUAAAAUGGGACGGGCAUUGGGACUUGUUCCUGGAUGAGGAUCUGGCGGCAGCCAAUUCCGCCAUUGAUGAAGAAGCUUGAGAAAUUAGGGAUUGCGAUGUGAAUAACCAAAUUGAGUAAGCAAGGAAGUGCUUCGUCCUCCUGCUCUGGUAUGUGUGUGUAUGUGUAUAUGUAUGCAUUGCGGUUGUAGAAUUGUAGUGUGGCAUGGCUAAAAUAAUAUUUUAUUCAAUAAGCAUAAAGUAUUGCUGGGAUUUGGGAACAUUUAGUGCUGUUAGCGAGCCUAGUCAAGUCGAAUUUUAAGAGCUUGUGUUCGUUUGUUAAGCUUAUGAAGAAGAUUUGUGUUUUUUUUGUUAACCUUUUGAGUUCAUAGUAUUCGAGCUCGGCUUGUUAAAAAUUGUAAUGUAUGAACUCGUGUUUGUGUUCGGCUCGACAGGGCUCGAUUAAGUUUGUUCAAGCUCGGUUUGUAAAAAAUUUUAAUGUGUGAGCUCGUGUUUGUGUUCGGCUCGAUAGGGCUCAAUUAAGUUUGUUCGAGCUCAUUUGUCUUAUUUUAUUUUUUUUAUUUAUUAAGACAUGCAAAGACUAUAAUUUAUAUAGCAGAGCUGUUAACGAGCUUUGUCGAGACAAACUUU